UGAUCCGUGGCGAUGGAGUCCCGAGACCGGUGCUUUGGCACGCCACAGGGCAUCAGACGGUUCUCCCCCAACGACGCAGCUCCUCCGGUGCAAAGGAACCCCUUGCCUGGGGCCCGUGGAGAGGAGGGAGCCGGGAGGCGCGCGGCGCGCCCGAGAGAUGAUUGGGAGGCGCACGCCAGUGGUGUCGCCGCCUCUGGGGGCCCGCACGUCAUGGAGCACUUCCCCGGCCUUCUGCCGAGCUUCAACGGCCUGGGGCCAGCUCACCCCGAGGGACGAAACGCUGCUCGAACAGAGCGUUUCGGAGUGCCGCGCGGAUUCCGUGGAUCGGCGGUUGGCUUCCCUGGCGGCGCCAGGUGGGCGCCCCCCACCCGGCGCGCUCCGCUCGCCAGGGGGGGGGGGGUCCAGCGCCGAUCCGAGAAGAACCUGCGUGGAGCUCCGACAGGUUAUGUUUACGAAGCCGUUUGUUCCUCUCUCAGCGCGCCGUCCUGUUCUUCACGCAGGGCAAGAUGGGCUUCAACAACGGCUGGCUCGUGCAGGGGGAGGCGCCGCCAGGCGCCCUGUUCUCCAAGUUCAAGGAGGUCAUCACAUUAGGAGGGGCGAACGAUUCCGACAUAAGCUUCUACUUCGCGCAUUGGUUGACGGACCUGGCCGGGACGGAGCCUUUCGGCGACGGGCCGUGGCCCGGCUCCGAGAAGUUCGCGCUGAAGUUUCCCCUGAAGGUCUCGGAGUUCUGAACGCCUUCCUGGAUUCCUUCACCUACGUGCACAAGCUCAGCUUCCAAUCAGAGGUCCAGGGGAUGGAGGAUUACCUCUGUGGCCGCUGGGGGGCCCUGGGGCUGCCGGCGGACGCCUCCGUCGGGGGCUGCGCCGUGGCGUCCAUGCGCGUGGCGCUCAUGGCUCAGGGUUUCGAGCACGCGGCCGUGGCCGCGCUGCAGGGCCUCCCGCCUCAGGACCGCGACCUCCUCGCGGCCGAGCUAGCGAGGACGGGGCUGCGGGCACAGUUCGUCCGCGCCCCGGCCGACGUGGCCGAGCGGCCAGUCGGCCCGGCGCUGCUGGUGUACUACGCCCCCGCGCUGAUCCAGACAGCAGGGGCGGCGUUCGUCGGCGAGGCCCUGAAGGUGCUCGCCGCGGUGUGCCGCGCGUCGCGGGAGCUGUUCCCGCUGGAGGCCGCCUUGCAGGCGGUUGAGAGCACGGUGGUGAUCCGCAUAGACGCCCUGAAGGCGUUGACGCCUCCAGAGGUUGCGGCGGGCGGCCCGUGGCUGCUGCAGCGGAUGUCCGCCGUCGAGGCCAUCGUCGUCAGGAUGCCGGACGGCGCCUUCGACGCCCUCCCUGGCACGACAGCCCCCAUCAGGCUGGCGGAGUCGUUGAUGUGCCCCGCCUCUACCCCCGACUUGGUCUCCAUGCCGAGCUUGUCAUCCUCCGAGGCUUGCGAUUUGUAGGUGCCCUGAGCUUCUCGCGCCGUGCAGGGGUCCAGGGCUGCUAUCGGCCUCCAGGACCCCCUCUUCCUGUGUUCCCCCUCCUCAUCCCUACGCCCCCCCCCUCAUCC